UUAAAGAAAUUGCAACGAGUCAUCAACUACACAAAAAUGCAUUUAGCUAAGCGAAUGUUAUGCGGGACUUUGAAACCACAAUUGUUUUUUGUGAAAAGCCACAAAAAUAUUGGAUUAUCCAAAAUUUGCAUAUAAAGUCGCAAACGAUCACACGGGUUUCGCAGUUUAAAUUCAAGUCUACAAGCAAGUGUGCAGCGGUCCGCAUUGAAGAAUACCGCCUUCCAGAGCUCGAUUGCUAAAGCUCAGUCAGUCAACCAAGUAUGGGCGAGAAGUACAAUCUUCUCUUACUCUUCGAUCGUCCACACGAACCCGUGUUCAUGGAAAAAGGGCGAGGAGUAGUGUUUGAUGUGCCGAAAAAAUUUCUCACCGAUCGUUACCGCGUUAUUGACAAUGAAGUGCUGGACCGAUUUGGUGAAAGGGCUGAGAAACUUGUAAAUGUACAAGAUAUUGCCAUGCCCGAUCUAAGUUUACCAUUGAAAUUGUCACGUAAGGCACAUUUCUCGCUCUGCGUGCCGGCACAUCGUGUAAUGGCGGCGCGCCUGAUCGAUACGUUCAUUAGCGCGCUCACAAUCGAUGAACUGCAGAGUGUUGCGAUUUAUGCGCACGAUCGACUCAAUCCAUAUCUCUACAAUUAUGCGUUGAGCGUGGCUAUACUUCACCGCAAUGAUACCAAAGGCAUGGGUUUGCCCUCUUUCAUACAGAGUUUCCCCAACAAAUUUGUGGAUCGUCAAAUUUUUCGGCAUUUACGCGAGGAAUGCACAAUCGUACCCGAAGGUUCGCGUAUACCAAUCGUAAUACCACAUGAUUAUACAGCUUCGGAAGACGAACCAGAGCAUCGUUUGUGGUACUUUCGUGAAGAUUUUGGUGUGAACUUAUACCAUUGGCAUCGGUAUUUGCUGUAUCCAUUCGAGGCGAGCGAACGCAGUGUUGUAUUUAAGAUGCGUCGUGGUGAAUUGUUCUACUACAUGUAUCAGCAGAUCUUAGCCAGGUACAAUGCAGAGCGAUUGGGUAAUGAUUUGAGGCGUGUGGAACCCUUAAAUGAUUUACGCGAAUAUAUUAGGGAAGGCUACUUUCCCAAAAUGGAGUCGGCACCACGCUGCGACAAUACCAAACUUUCAGAUGUACGACGCCAUCAGGAUCAAUUAAUUAUGGAUAUUGUAGAAUUGGAACAAUGGAGCGAACGCAUAAAUGAAGCUAUCACGAAAGGUUUUAUUUUAGAUGAAAGUGACAAGCAUAUACCUCUCAAUAUCGAUGUGCUCGGCAAUAUAAUUGAGUCAUCCAUAGCUUCACCAAACCGUAGCCUUUACGGCGAUCUUCAUAAUAUGGGUAAUCUCUUCAUCGCCUAUGCACACGAUCCGACACAUCGUCAUUUGGAGUCUUUUGGUGUUGUGGGUGAUUUAGCUACGGCAAUGCGGGAUCCCGCCUUUUACAGAUGGCACGCAUAUCUCGAUAGUAUCUUUCAGCAACACAAAGCACGUCUAACACCCUACACCGCUACGGAGCUGCGCUACGUUGACGUCUCUUUAAUAUCUGUGGAAGUCACAGCUGAGGAUGUGCGGGAACGUAAUGUUUUAAAAACUUUCUGGCAGGAAUCCGAUAUUGAUCUGUCACGUGGUUUGGACUUCGCGCCACGCGGUAAUGUUUUUGCGCGCUUCAAACACCUACAACAUGCGCCCUUCACAUAUACAAUCAAGGUGAGUAAUGAGAGCGACACAAAACGUUUUGGCCUGGUGCGCAUCUUUCUCAGUCCUAAGUUCGAUGAGGAAGGACAGGCUAUGCCUUUCAACGUACGAAGGCUAUUGAUGAUCGAACUGGAUAAAUUUGUGGUAUCACUACAACCUGGUGAAAAUGUCAUACGUCGUCGUUCUACUGAAUCAAGCCUUACAAUUCCCGUUGAGCGUACUUUCCGGGAACUGGAAGUGACUCGUGCGCCUAAUGAAACAUUGGAAAAUGUUUGUGGCUGGCCACAUCAUAUGCUGAUACCGAAGGGUUCAACCAAAGGUUUGCAGUGUCAUCUCUUCGUUAUGGUAUCAAAUUGUGACCGGGAGAAUGUUGAUGAAGAACCCGUUGAUGGUGCUGCCUCCAGUAGCUUUCGGAAUCUCUUGCAACACGAUCAUCAUGCCUUGGGCUUUCCAUUCGAUCGCCUGCCUCGACUGGGUGCUGACCACCUUGACGACUUUCUCACACCGAAUAUGAUGAUUGCUGAUGUCGUCAUACGUCACGAAAAUCGCACGGAACACUGUUGUUGAUCCGAGCACAUAUGGUUUUAUAUAUAUUAUUUCUUACAGUUAAAUAUAUUUAAAACCAUAUUUAAAGCCUGUUUAAGGUGUCCGGAAAGUAAUUUUGUGAAAUGAUAGUUAGCAGAAAGCAUUUGUGUGUUGUACGAUUUGCUGAAAAUAUUGUUCUGAUGCUUCUAACCGAAAACCCAUAUACCUAUAUUUUGAGUAGUUUCUAUAGAAUCUCUUUAGUUGGACUUUCUUAAAAAAGAAACGGGCGCGUAAAUUCUUAGCUUUCAGUUCUCCUAUUUUUUGCUUCCAAUUUCAAAGCACAUUGAUUACGUAAAACAUUUUCGUAAACUCUCGGACCAUAACGGACCUUAGCUUUUAAAUCUAUACCCCUCCGUUAAUAUAUUGUUAUCGGUUUCAAAAAAGGAAAUAUCGAACAAUUAAGCCAAAUCAAAUCAACCAAUAAAGGUCUGGAUAUUGAAUUCCCUAAA